CCUGCCGCGACGUUCCAAAUUUACGCUAACUCUGGACCCAGAACCUAAAAUCGAAUUUCGUGAUUUGUGAGUGUUCGAAAUGAUCAAGACAUAGGCCGACAGUCCGUCACAUCCCAAAGAAACCUUAAACGGUUUCGGUACAUCCUAGGCCGCCCUUACCAAGACAUUCCUACUAGGUAUGCUUGAUUCUCCAUCUGUAUGCAUACAUGUCACGGUAUGCUGGCAAUCCUAGCCUCAAACUUUAGGCAACUCGGAUCAUGCAGUCAUUCCAAGUUGCAAAUAGGCGUACUGCACUAACUCAAGUUAUCAAACUGUCGAGUACUGCACCCAUAAUUGGUGGCGUCCUUCUUCCGAUAGGUAUAUAUACCGGCCAGGAGCCACACAGCAGUCUCCAACAUGACUGAGCAGCGCCCCCCACAUGCUACGCUUCCCCAGCUAUCGCCCGAACCACCACAGUAUACUCUUCCAGAGACCUUUAACAUCGGACAACGUAGCACGCGACACCUCAUCCGCCCAGAUCAGCUCAGGGCCCAUCUUCAGCUUCUGGCAGCGUUCAGCCACCUUGAGCAGCGCGUCGCUGCCAGCGAGAGCCUUAUUGCGGGAUUAGAGUCGGACAGCGAGAAACGCUGGGUAUGGUUUGUCAAUUUGGCUGUUGAACGGUUUGAGAGGUGGUGUCUGACAAUCAAGCAAUCUGACACAGUAGAGCAACAUUUACCUCCAAUCGAUGUCAUUAUGGUGUGGCACGCCUACCUUCUGAAUCCGAGCUGGUAUGCGGAAGACACCACGCGGAUCUCCAAGCUCAAACCUCUCGUUCAUUUCACUGAUUACUUUCCUAACCUUCUCGCUAACCCUGGUCUGUUAACCACUGACGCGCCACAACAUGGACGCGUCUCUGCUUGGGAACGCAGUACCAAAUUACCGUAUGAUCCAUUCGCAUCUGCUGCGUAUCUCACACACAAAUCUAUCGAGUGCCCUUACUGUUAUCGCACUAUUCUUUCGCCGUUCUUCAAGCCUGAUGGGAAGGGAUAUACCCAGAGCGACUUUACCAUCGACUGCAUAUGCGCUAAGCCGAUUACUAAAGAACUUCUCGGCCUUCACAAGUUUGUGAAAAACAUAGUCGAAUCAGAAGCACCUGAUGCAUAUUUGGCUGGAACUCUUCAUACACCACAUAGCACCCACGACACUGCACACGCAAACAUGAUCAAGAAGCGCAUCCUCAGCUUAAAUGUCAUUUGCCAGAAGAAUAAGGCAAGUGAACCCACGCACCAGAUCUUGACAAACGUCCAGUAUGACACUGCGCUCAUGCGUCGCGCGCUGAACGUACAAUUGAAGCCAAUAUGGUGGAAUAAGAUAAUGGGUGCCUACACGGACGACAGGGUGUUUUCACUCGAUUUGGUCGGUGCUGUCCUCCGGCAAGCCUCAUUUGUGAAGAAGAUGGUCAACCUUGGGUGGACCGAGCCAGGAUAUUUCGCUAACGAGGUGGACGCAGUGGCACUGCAACAUUGCGUAGCUCGGUAUCACGCCUUUUUAAACAUCAUGGCAGAGUCUCCUGACUCAUUCCUCGUGCCCACGCUCGACAUCGAUCUCGGGUGGCAUACUCAUCAACUCAUGGCGAGUCAGUAUCAAAUGGACUGCCUCUCGCUCGUAGGACGACAUGUUGAUCACGAUGAUAAAGUAGAAGAAGGUCACCUCGCGACCUCCUUCGACCUCACCUGUCGUGCUUGGAACGACCAUUAUCACGUACCCUACAUGCACUGCGGGUGUCCACUGCCAGGUGACACAAUCGGCCAAAAGCUCCGACGUCUCAUCUCCUUUCAAACCACCAGCAGCAUGCUUUUACUCCCUCCCAAAUCUGACACAUGUGCUGCUACGCACCCAAGCGAUCACAACGCCGUGUUUGUCCUAAAUAACACAUACACAAGCCUACAUCACAGGGAGAACCGUACACGCAAGGCAGAGAAAAGGAAGCUGCGGGAAGAGCGGAACGGGAAGGCUGUGGAGAGAUAUGAGAAUGUUGAUCAUGGGAUUGCAUUUUUAUAUCCUGUGCCGAUGUUUCAGUACUACCCUGGUGGAUGCGUUGCUGCUGCUGGAUCGGUGGUGAAUGGAGGUUCGGGGUGUGCGACGGUGAGUGUUGUUGUUGUGUUUGGAGAAUGAGGUGUGUUGAUACCAGGCUUAUAGGGUGCAGGCAGCUGUUCUAUUGAUACUUCACAUAGUGCGGUUAUUUGCGGAGGUGGUGGCGGAGUCAGUUGUGGAGGAGG